CAGUCUGGACAUAGCAGCUGCACGGGCCCCAGUGUAAGCGCCCAAUGGGGUUAGCUAGUGGUAGCUAGCUGUGCCCAGGCGCUUCAGAGGCAGGGGUGGUUGUAGCCUGAGGUUAGGAGGGGCAGAGCAGCUAUAUUUAGUGUGGAGCGUCAGGGCUUUGGGGGGGUGGGUGAGCCCAAGAUUAGGUUUCAGGGUCUUCAGCCGGGCAGCCUUUCUGCUCCCCUGUCCUUUCCAGCCGGUGACGGAGCACCAAGAGGACCUACCUGCCGCAUACUCCUAGUAUCUCUCUCGCUCUUUCUCCCGUGUUUCUCCUCCCCCUCCCAUCACCGCAUCCAUCCACCAUGGAGCCCGGCGCCAUCAAGGAGGAGCUGCGCUUGUUCCAGAGCACCCUGCUCCAGGACGGGCUAAAGGAGCUGCUGAACGAGAACAAGUUUGUGGACUGCAGCCUGAAGGUGGGCGACCGAAGCUUCCCCUGCCACCGGCUCAUCAUGGCCGCCUGCAGCCCCUACUUCCGGGAGAUCUUCUUUGGCGAGGACGGCAAGGAGCUGGAGGACACCAAGGAGGUGGUGCUGGAGGACAUAAACCCCGGCAUCCUUGACAUGGUCAUCCGCUACCUUUACUCGGCGGAGAUCGACCUGACGGACGACAACGUGCAGGACAUCUUCGCCCUGGCCAACCGGUUCCAGAUCCCGUCGGUGUUCACCGUGUGCGUCAACUACCUCCAGAAGAAGCUGUCGCUUGGCAACUGCCUGGCCAUCUUCCGCAUGGGCCUGGUGCUCAGCUGCCCCCGCCUGGCGGUGGCGGCGCGCGACUACGUGGCGGACCGCUUCGAGCUGCUCCACGACGACGAGGAGUUCCUGCAGCUGGCCGCGCACGAGCUCUUCGCCGUCAUCGGCGGGGACUCGCUCAACGUAGAGCGGGAGGAGAUGGUGUUUGAGUUUGUGAUGGCGUGGGUGCGCCACGACAAGGACAAGCGGCUGCCCGUGCUGGUCGACGCCUUCGACUGCAUCCGCUUCCGCCUCAUGCCCGAGAAGUACUUCAAGGAGAAGGUUGAGGCCGACGAGAUCGUCAAGGCCAGCCCCGAGCUCCAGAAGAAGAUCCAGGCGGUCAGCGACGCCUUCAAGGGGAAGCUGCCGGAGGUAGUGCCCAAGCCGAAGAAGGAGGGCGAGGAGGGGGCGGUCAACGGCGACGAGGAGGAGGUGGAGGAGGAGAGCCUCCUGCCCGGCUACCUCAACGACAGCCGUCGGUUGGGGAUGUAUGUGCGGGAGUUCAUCGUGAUGAUCAGCGACACGGCGGCGGUGGCGUACGACGUGGCGGAGAACGAGUGCUUCCUGGCCGCCAUGUCGGAGCAGGUGCCCCGCAACCACGUCAGCACCGUUUCCACGAACAACCAGCUGUACAUCAUCGGCGGGCUGUUCGUGGACGAGGAGGAUAAAGACGCGCCCCUGCAGUGUUACUUCUACACCUUGGACCCGUUGAUGUCAGAAUGGACGGCCCUUCCUCCGAUGCCGUCACCUCGGUGCCUCUUCAACAUCGGAGAGAGCAACAACAUUCUGUUCGCCAUCGCUGGAAAAGACCUCCAGUCCAACGAGUCCUUGGACACCGUUAUGUGUUUUGACGUUGAGAAGAUGAAGUGGAGUGAGUCCAAAAAGCUCCCACUGAAGAUCCAUGGCCACUCUGUGGUCUCCCACGAAGGUCUAGUCUACUGCCUGGGAGGCAAGACAGACGACAACAAAGCACUCAACAAGAUGUUUGUGUACAACCACAAGCAGUCUGAGUGGCGGGAGCUGGCCGCCAUGAAGACAGCCAGGGCCAUGUUUGGCACCGUCAUCCACAACGGGAAGAUCAUCGCGGUGGGAGGAGUCAACGAGGAAGGCCUCAGCAGCAUGUGCGAAACAUACGACUUCGCCACAAACAAGUGGGAGCCCUUCACAGACUUCCCCCAGGAGCGCAGCUCGGUGAACCUGGUGUCCACGGGGGGCUCCCUGUACGCCGUGGGCGGAUUCGCCAUCGUCCAGAUGGAGAACAAGGAGGUGGCGCCCUCCGAGGUCACCGACGUCUGGCAGUAUGAGGCUGAUAAGAAGGAGUGGAGCGGUAUGCUGAGGGAGAUGCGCUACGCCGCGGGGGCGUCCUGCGUGCCCAUGCGUCUCAACGCCGCCAGGAUGCCAAAGCUGUAGAGAACCCCCCCCCCCCC